AUGGCCGCUCUCUCCCAACGCCUGCUCGUCGACGUCCACACCCACGUCUACCUGCCCCGCUACGUCUCCUUCCUGCGCGCGCGAUCUGCCGUGCCCCGCGUCUUCACCCGCACGACCCCCGACGGCGCCUCCGAGGAGCGCCUCCUCAUCCUCGAUGCAGAGCCCAGCGGUGGACGCCCCAUGGGCCCCCAGUACUGGGACAGGGCCCUCAAGCUCGACUUCAUGAAGAGACACGGAAUAGACAUAUCCGUCGUGAGCUCUGCGAACCCAUGGCUCGACUUCCUGUCCGCCCCCGCCGCACAUGAGCUCGCCCACCAGCUUAACGACGACCUCGAGACGUACUGCUCGACGUCGCCCGGCCUCGCAGGGGGCCCGCUCAAGCAGCUGUACGGCUUCGGCCUCCUCCCGCUCGUCCCAGAGGUCACCACCGCGUCCCUGCUCGACACCGUGCACCAG